AUGAAUGCACGCCGGGCCCUGCUCUCCGCCGUCUUGCUCGCCAGCCUCCUCUGGGAUUUACCUUGCUGCCUCCCGGCUUCCCUACCCGCCGCUUCCUCCAAGGGCGGACGGGGCCGCAGGCUGCCGCGAUCCCCACGGGAGAAUCGGCUGCGGCAAGGGGGACACGCUGUGGGCCGAGCGCUCCCACGAGCGGAACCCCACGAAUACAUGCUGUCUCUGUUCAGGACUUACUCUAUCGCGGAGAAACUCGGCAUCAACGCCAGCUUUUUUCAGUCGUCCAAAUCCGCCAACACCAUCACUAGCUUUGUAGACAGGGGACGAGACGAUCUCCCGCCCGCUCCCUUGAGGCGGCAGCAGUACGUGUUCGAUGUCUCGACCCUCUCGGAAACGGAGGAGCUGGUGGGAGCCGAGCUGCGGCUGUUUCGCCGGGCCCCCCGCGGCCGCCCGCCGCCCGCCACCUCGCUGCACAUGGAGCUCUUCCCCUGCCUCUCGCAGCGGCUGCUGGACUCCCGCGCCCUGGACCUGCGGGCGGCCCCCACCGCCGGCUGGGAGGUCUUCGACGUGCGGCAGGGCCUGCGGGAGCCACGGCCCUGGAAGCGCGUGUGCCUGGAGCUGCGCGCCUCGGCGGGCCGCGGGCCGCCGCGCUGGCUGGACCUGCGGAGCCUGGGCUUCGGGCGCCGGGCGAGGCCGCCGCAGGAGCGGGCGCUGCUGGUGGUCUUCACCCUCGCCCGGCGGCGGAGUCUGCUCGGGGAGCUGCGCGCAGAGCUGGGCGCGCCGCCGCCGCCCGCUGCCCGCCACCCGCCGGCCCGGCGCCAGCGGCGCACCGCCUUCUCCAGCCGGCACGGCAAGCGGCACGGCAAGAAGUCUCGCCUGCGCUGCAGCAAGAAGCCGCUGCACGUCAACUUCAAGGAGCUGGGCUGGGACGACUGGAUUAUCGCCCCGCUAGAGUACGAGGCCCACCACUGCGAGGGGGUCUGCGACUUUCCCCUGCGCUCCCACCUGGAGCCCACGAACCACGCCAUCAUCCAGACCCUCAUGAACUCCAUGGACCCCGGCUCCACGCCGCCCAGCUGCUGCGUCCCCACCAAAUUGACUCCAAUCAGCAUCCUCUACAUCGACGCGGGCAACAACGUAGUGUACAAGCAGUACGAGGACAUGGUGGUGGAGUCCUGCGGCUGCAGGUAGCGGGCGGAACGCCCCUCGGCGGCAGCCGGGGCUGCGUCUGGCGGAGAUGCCGGCGGCGAGCGGGGCGGCUCCGCGCCCGCCCGGAGCGUGCCUGGGGCGGCGGGGAGCAGCGGGCGGCGGCCGGCGGCGGCCCUGGAGCCUCCGCUCCGUGACGCUGGCAGUGGCGGGAAAGGGCGAGCGGGCAGAGGCCCCGCCGGCUCCCUUCCCCGCUUACCUGCCCGCUCCGGGGCUUAUCUGGCGAUCUGUCCUCCGCCCUCCGAAAGUGAGGGCAAUUUACCGAGUACAAGAAAGGGCCGGUGCGGGGGGAGGGGUGGUGGCGGCGGGGAGAGGGAGCAGACGGAUUACUCUCUCUGAAGUUGCUCUGAAGAGGGCUGUUGCAUUUCUGCCCUCUUUCACAUUCCUACGAGAUUACCAGCCAGAAAUAGCCUACGGUCCCCCCCCACCUUCCCAAAGUCAAAAAGAAAAGAAUUGCUCAAGAUUGUAAUUACCAGCUAGGUUUUAUUUUAAGACAGCGAAGAAAAAAAAACUGUGAAGAGCGAACUG